AUGGCCCUAAACAACCUCCGAAAUCUAUUGUUCCAAGAGCCCAUGCUCGAACUCCUUCAAUACCAGAUCGAGGAGGGCACUAGCUAUUUUGAAUCGUUGAUAGCGGAGUCCAACGACGAAUAUACAGAAAGCAUGAUUCAAUUAACUGUAUAUGGAUUGUCAGCUAGUGAGUUCCGAUCCAUGAGCGGUCGCUGGUACGAAUCCCAGCCUCUCGACUGGAUGGCACUCAGGUAUGUGUUCCCAACACACCCAGGCAACUAUUCAGUCAUGCGUGAGACAGAUGAGGACUCGGAGUAUGGGCACCUCGGCAAGGUGCAAAUGAUAGGGAGGCAUAUCGCAAAGAUUUGGUUUGCUGAUCCCACAAGUAGCUUAGUCGCGAUCCCGGAGUGGCUGGCGGAGCUGCGAGAUUUCGAGUAUAAAAUGGUGGAGUACUCAACUGUCAAGCUUGACAGUGGGAAUGUUUUCUUCUAUCUCAUGAAUGAGUUCAAGGAAACCAAAACUGGUUGUGAGAUCAAGUUGCGGGCAUUCUUGCCCUCUGCUGCGCCGGCAUCGUUGAUCGGUCAACAUACACAGCAUCGAGCUAUUGAAUUCCGAAACCUGCUGUAUAUGGUUCAUGCGGUUGUUGAGGCCGAAAAGGAUUCCUAUUGA